AUGUCUCAAAGUUUAGUUUUUCCAUUUCUCAUCUUUUUUGUCUCAUUUGGCGGCUUGUCUUUUGACUCUUUCCUGGAGUACCCACGCUUUCAAUCAGGUUAUCCACGUUACUCGUGGCCUGGGAGGCUAGAUAAGCCAAAAUAUGAAUGUUUUGGCUUCACCACUUGGGCUGAUCGAUUCACCCCAUCUGAAGUGUCUCAAAGUCGAUUCACCCCAUCUGCUUUGUCUCAAAGAGUGGAAAAUGUGAAUGUCUUUGGAGCCAAACCAAACUAUGAUGGAGAUGAUUCCCAGGCAUUUGAGAAGGCAUGGAAUACGGCAUGUUCUACAGGGAGUGUUCUUUUGGUCCCUGAAAAUAGUGUCUAUUAUCUAAAGCCAAUAACAUUUUCAGGCCCAUGUAAACCAAAUACUGCCUUUACGAUCCAUGGAACAAUCAUUGCAUGGCCUGAUAUGUCAGCGUACGAAAAUACUGAAAAAAGUGGCCUCAAAUUUUGGAUUAUGUUUAAUGGUAUCACGAAUCUCAGAGUUGAUGGAGGCGGCCUCAUCGAUGGGAAUGGCAAGAAAUGGUGGAUGAACUCUUGCAAAAUCAACAAAAGCCUUAUAAUAGACACUAUUUUCAGGGACCUAAAGAACACUCCCUGUAGAACAUGCCGCAUUCCAUGCCUUCUCAAAUGCCUUGGUUUUGCAAGAAACAUAAGAUUUAUGAACAUAGAGAUGCAAAAUGUGUCUAAUCCCAUAUUCAUAGAUCAAAACUACUGUGACCAGUCAACUCCAUGCCCAGAGCAGGGCUCUGCAGUGGAAUUGAGCGACGUGCGGUAUCAAAACAUUAAAGGAAAGAGUGCCUCAGAAGUAGCAAUAAAACUUCACUGCAGCAAAAGCAUCCCUUGCAAAGGACUCUACAUGCAAGAUGUUGUUUUAACACCAGUAGACGGUGGCGACAUCGAGGCUUCUUGUGAGAAUGUUGAAUAUGUCAACAGAGGAAAGCUUUACCCUCAAUGCGUUCCAGCUUGA